AUGGCCCCUCAGUACCUCGUCAAAGGUCUCCUGACCGCCUUCGUCAUGCUGAUGGUCUCAACUACUGCCAUGGGACCGCCAACCCUUUCCCUCCGCGAUCUGCUCCGGAACUUCACACCAUCUGGGGCUUGCAACGUCUGGGCCCUACAUUGCUUCUCUGCUGCUGGCACUGACAUGGAAGAAGACAGUGUUGACAAGGUCGACCCCGAGUUUGCUCCUGAUGGAACAGAUGAGGGCGACCUGGCUGCUGCCCAGGGUAAGGACGUCAUGGUGCCCGAGUGGCUUGUUGGACUCUGGCUCGAGAUCAAGCUUGAGGCUGAUGACAUCAAGAACUUGAGCCAGAGGGUCCUUGUCGGCAGCAGUUUCUUUUCUCCAAACUCUCCAACAAGGGGUUCUCAGGCUCUUCAGGCCGUCUUAUCGUUGGUUUCUCUGUCUUUUUGCAACUCGAAAAGCUAUGGCAAUGCCUUCCUCAACCCGAUCCGCUGGCUGAUCCCUACAAUCAAAACCCUCCAGGUGUCACUUUGGAAAUACCGAUACUUGUUCCGACCCGCUGUGGUACCACCGUGCCCGUGGUCUGGCCUGGGCGGUCCCGACCAAGUAUUAGGCAAUUCUGACCUUCUCCAGAUGUGUGUCGAGGUGUACAUGGACUCGUGA